AUGGCAACCGUUGGCCUUCUGGAUCUGUCCGUUCCAGAAUCUGCCCUUCUCCAAGGCAGACACACAGAUAAGGAAGGACUAACCCCUCUACUCCCAUCAGCCAUUUUUCAGGAAUCAGUGACUUUCAAGGAUGUGAUUGUGGAUUUUACCUGGGAAGAAUGGAAACAACUGGAUCCUGUGCAGAGAGAUCUGUUCAGAGACGUAACACUGGAAAAUUAUACACACCUGGUCUCUAUAGGACUUCAAGUUUCUAAACCUGAUGUGAUUUCCCAGUUAGAGCAAGGGACAGAGCCAUGGAUGGUGGAACCAGGUGUUCCUUUUGGAGACUGGAAGACAAGGCCUGAAAAUAAUGUGUCAGUCUCAGAGCUAGACAUUUCUGAAGAAAAACCAUCUCCAUCAGCAAUACUGGAAAAACUCAAAAGGGAUGAUCAUGGGAUUUCUAACUUCUUAGGAACUUGUAAAUCUGAAGGCAGUCUAGAUAGGCUGCAGACAAACCAACAGACACUGCCAAAAGAGAUAAAAACCACUGAAAAGACAGUGUCUAUAAAUAAUGACUAUAAGAAAAGCACCAAUAUGAGUUCAAACUUUGUAACACAUCAAGAAAGAUCUUCAGAAGACACCUCUCCUAAAUGUAAGGAACAGAAAACCGGUGUGAAACAGAAUUUAAACUCAAUUAAAAGAGAGCAAUCUUGUAAGUGUAAUGAAUGUGGGAAAGCUUUUAAUUAUUGCUCCGCUCUAAUUCGCCAUCAGAGAACACAUACUGGAGAAAAACCCUACAAAUGUAAUGAAUGUGAAAAGGCCUUCAGCCGAAGUGAAAACCUUAUAAACCAUCAAAGAAUUCAUACUGGAGAGAAACCAUAUAAGUGUGAUCAAUGUGGAAAAGGCUUCAUUGAGGCACCAUCUCUUACUCAGCAUCAAAGAAUUCACACUGGAGAAAAGCCCUAUAAAUGUGAUGAAUGUGGAAAAUCAUUUAGUCAGAGGACCCAUCUUGUCCAGCACCAGAGAAUUCAUACUGGUGAGAAACCAUAUACUUGUAAUGAUUGUGGAAAAGCAUUUAGCCAGAGAGGCCACUUUAUGGAACAUCAGAAAAUUCAUACAGGAGAAAAGCCUUUUAAAUGUGAUGAAUGUGAUAAAACUUUCACCAGGAGCACACACCUCACUCAGCAUCAAAAAAUCCACACUGGAGAGAAAACUUAUAAAUGUAAUGAAUGUGGGAAGGCCUUCAAUGGACCCUCAACAUUUAUCCGACAUCAUAUGAUUCAUACUGGUGAAAAACCCUAUGAAUGCAAUGAAUGUGGGAAAGCCUUCAGCCAGCACUCAAACCUCACCCAACACCAGAAAACACAUACUGGGGAGAAACCCUAUGAUUGUGCUGAAUGUGGAAAGUCCUUUAGUUACUGGUCAUCCCUUGCUCAGCAUCUGAAAAUUCAUACUGGAGAAAAACCUUACAAAUGCAAUGAAUGUGGGAAGGCCUUCAGUUACUGCUCAUCCCUUACUCAACAUCGGAGAAUUCACACCAGAGAAAAGCCCUUUGAGUGCAAUGAAUGUGGAAAGGCUUUCAGUUAUCUCUCAAACCUAAAUCAACACCAGAAAACUCAUACCCAAGAGAAAGCCUAUGAAUGUAAGGUAUGUGGAAAAGCCUUUAUUCGGAGUUCAUCUCUUGCUAAACAUGAGAGAAUUCAUACUGGAGAGAAACCCUAUCAGUGUCAUGAAUGUGGGAAAACCUUCAGUUAUGGCUCAUCCCUUAUUCAACACAGGAAAAUACAUACUGGAGAAAGACCUUACAAAUGUAAUGAAUGUGGGAGAGCCUUCAACCAGAACAUACACCUUACACAGCAUAAGAGAAUUCAUACAGGAGCAAAGCCGUAUGAAUGUACUGAGUGUGGAAAAGCCUUUCGUCAUUGCUCAUCUCUUGCUCAACAUCAAAAAACUCACACAGAAGAAAAACCCUAUCAGCGUAAUACAUGUGAUAAGGCUUUUAGCCAAAGCUCACAUCUGACUCAGCAUCAACAAAUUCACACUGGAGAGAAGCCCUAUAAGUGCAAUAAAUGUGACAAAGCAUUUAGUCGGAUUACUCAUCUCACUGAACAUCAGAAUACUCAUACUGGAGAGAAACCUUAUAACUGUAAUGAAUGCAGGAAAACUUUCAGCCAGAGCACAUACCUAACUCAGCAUCUGAGAAUUCAUUCAGGAGAGAAGCCUUUUGGAUGUGAUGAUUGUGGAAAAGCGUUUAGAUAUCAGUCUGCUCUCAGCAAACAUCAGAGACUUCAUCCUGGCAUAUGA